AUGGACCGACUCGGCCUUUACCGCCAGCUGAAUCCGAGAGAGUUCGUUCAAUUGGAACGGGUCCGCCAACUAUUGCACAGAUCCCACGAUCCGAGAGAAAGAGACACUUCUAGACGCCACCCGCCAGAAUCGCCCACAUAUCAUCCCCACAGACGGAGCUUCUUGUCACCGCUUGACAAUGAAAAUCCCCCGUCCAAUAUGUCUUCUGACUCACGCCGAUCCUCUGUCUCUGCAGUGGCGUGGCCCCACCCUGGAGCUACCGAGGCGCCUCCACCACGCCCCUUCACAAUGCACGAAGGAGAUCGACCCGAAUGGCCAUCAUCCGACACUCCGACACGUAAUAACACUCUAACGCAUGAAUUGAUGAGGGCUUCCUCUCUACGCGGACGUCGCCGUCGGACCCUCUUGCCUGAGUCUGCUUCCCGUAGGGAUUCGACCGGAUUUAUGCAUUCGGUGAACAAUGCGCUCAAUCAGGUUGAAUCCGGGCUUCUGGAGCUUAGUGCGCUUGCCAACGAAGGAAACGAUCACACGCAUCAUUAUGGCCCACAGCAUGAACCAGGACCUACGCGGCCCCACAGCCCAAGCCACUCUGGGCACACGGGGUGGGUGUAUGAACCCACAGAGCGUAACCCUACUCCUCCUCCGACGUUGCCUCCGUUUGAGUUUUCGUCGGCCCAACGUACCUCUGGGUGGCCUGCCGAACGAUACAUCCAUCCUGCUGGUGGGUCGAGCGGUCUGGGAUCAGAGCUACCUCUCGAGUAUCCCAGUCGCCGGACGCCUACACGUGGCCUGGACGGGUAUCUUGAGCAAAGGCAAAGUGCGCGAGACUCCUCGUCAACUCGAGGCACACGAGCAUCUUCUUACGCCAACGAGGGCUCUUGGAGAUCGAACGGUCCCAGCAACGAAUGGUGGUCAAAUGAUGUGCCCCCUCCCAGCCUGCCCUCACAUAUGCCUCUGCGUGAUCGGCUCUUGUUCCGUCCCUCCGGAGGCAGCCACCAAUCAGUAGCGUCAUCUCGUCAGGCAGAGUCAGGAAAUAACCGCAACAGUAAUAUGGGAUCCUCGAUCCAAACGCAGUCCCCCUCGGCAACUUUCGGAAGAUUACACCGUCGACGACUUUCGCCUCCAGCGCCCCCGCAUCAACCUUCUGUUUCAUCAUCUCUGCUACGCCCGUUCGCAAACCAGAACAAUUCGACUUCGCCUACUCGCUCCUAUUCCCGGUUCUCCCACUUUCUUCCUCGACGGAAUUCUGGUCGUGGCGGUGGUGGAAGCAGCGAUGACAACGACGAAUGGCAUCACGCCGAGCAGGCCACUAGACGGUUCUUCUUACGAUCUCGUGGGCGGACCAGGCCUCAGCCGCCCAGUGGAGAUUAUCUGCGAGAUGAUGAAUUUGAUGAUUCAUAUGAAGGCUUACUGCGGUUGGCGGCACGUAUUGGAGAUGCUAAGCCUCGCGGCACACCUGCAGAAGUGAUUCGAUCGAUGUUAUCGUGUCGAUACGGGGACUCGCCAGAAGCCAGGGCAGAGGCUCGUUGCCCAAUUUGUUUAGAUGACUAUAGUUCAGAGGAUGUUGUUACGGUGGUCAAACGUUGUUCGCAUUGGUUCCACAGGGAAUGUGUUCAGCAAUGGCUCAGUAAUUCUCGCACUUGCCCUGUUUGUCGAGGGCAGGCCGAUGGCGAGGAAUCAGAACCCCAAGCAGGACCAAGCACUCGUGCUUCUGACAAUUCUUGGGUGUAA